GGCAACACCCCCGGCCGGUCCAGGCGGCGGUGCAGCCGUGGUGGCCGCAGGGCUACGGCGCGCCCACCUUGUACCGGCUCAGCGUCACCCUCCGGCCGCUCGGGCCGCCCCUGCGCGGCGAGGACGCCGACGGCCGGCGCCACGGCCACCUCUGGGACCAUGUCGACGUCACGGUGGGCUUCCGGACGGUGGAGCUCGUGCAAGAGGAGGUGGUCCAGGGGGACCCCACCAAGGGACUGUCUUUCUACUUUAAAGUCAACGGCGUCCCCGUGUUCGCCAAGGGCUCCAACUGGAUCCCCGCACACGUGCUGCCCGAGCUCGGCGCCGACCCGGCCGUCGUCGGCCACCUCUUGCACUCCGCCAAGGAGGCCAACAUGAACAUGCUGCGCGUCUGGGGCGGCGGCGUCUACGAGUCCGAUACCUUCUACCGGCUCGCCGACGAGCUCGGCAUCAUGGUCUGGCAGGACUUCAUGUUCGCGUGCGCCAUGUACCCCGUCGGCGACGACUUCCUGCGCUCGGUCGACGCCGAGGUGCGGCAGCAGCACCGACGCCUCAGCCACCACCCGAGCGUGGUCCUGUGGGCGGGGAACAACGAGAACGAGGCGGCGCUGCGGGGCAACUGGUACCAGACGCGCGGGCCGCUCUUCGAGCGCUACCACCGGGACUACGUCAAGCUCUACGUGGACACGGUGCGCGCCGCCGUGCGCGACGAGGGCUCCGCGGUGCCCUUCGCCGUGUCCAGCCCCUCCAACGGCGCCGAGUCUGAGGCCGAGGACUUCCUCGCCAAGAACCCGUACAGCUCGCUCUUCGGGGACGACCACCACUACGACUACGUCUCGGACGCGUGGAACCCCGCCGUCUUCCACAACACCCGGUUCGGCUCCGAGUACGGCUUCAUGUCCUGGCCCUCGCGCCACACCAUGGCGGCCGCGACGGACGCCGAGCACGCCGACGAGGACCUGGCCCUGGGCAGCAGGCUGGCCGAGCACCGGCAGCACCACCCGGGCGGCAACGCCGAGAUGGCCCUGCAGAUCCUGCAGCACCUGCCGCUGCCCACCCACUUCAACGACUCGGAGCACUUCGACACGUUCGCGUACUUGAGCCAGAUCUACCAGGCGAUGGCCACUAAGAGCGAGACGGAGUUCCUGCGACGGUCCCGGUACCUGCUCUCCCCGCGGGGCGAGGGCCGCACCAUGGGCGCGCUGUACUGGCAGCUCAACGACGUCUGGCAGGCGCCCUCCUGGGCGAGCAUCGACUUCGCGGGCCGCUGGAAGAUGCUGCACCACUACGCCGUCGACUUCCUGGCGCCGCUCAUCGUGUCGCCGCACCUCGAGGGUGACACGCUGCACGUGGACGUCAUCUCCGACGCCGUGGACCCGGACGGCGGCGCGGUGCUGGUGCGCACCGACGUGUUCGCCAUGGACUCGUUCGCGCCCCGCAGCCAGCGCCUGGACGCGUGGUCCCGGGGCUCAUCGCCCAGGGCGUACUCCGCGCCGCUCAGGAGCCUCCUGGACCAGGCGGGCUGCAGCAGCAGCGCCGCGCGCUGGGCCUGCCUCAUCAGGUUCCGGCUGCUGUCGGAGAACAACACGGUGCUGGCGCCCGACAACUUCCUGUUCCCGCGCUCCCCCAGGGACCAUGCCAUGCCCACCGCCCGCCUCCAGGU